AUGGCAAGAGCAUACGAUGAACGUGAAAACGACACACCAAUGGGGUCAAUCGGCUGUUUGAUGAAUAUUUCUCCUGGAUCAACGAAGUACUGGACUCCAGAGUGUGAACAAGCCAAGAAGCCAUGCGUGGGACAAGUGUUCCCUACGUUGGAAGGAGGAAUUGAGUUCUACACAACUUACGCCAGUACUACUGGGUUCGAUGUGCGGCGCGCUUCCCAGAAAAAUGACCGGCAAGGGCAAAUAAUGUGGAAGUAUGUGUUGUGUUCACGUGCUGGGUUCAAACUCUCUACCAGUGAAGGGGACGGGGUAGGUGUGGAAUCGGCCGAACACAAUGCCCAAACGAAAAGGCGACGUGUCACAAAUAGAGUGGGGUGCAACACUCGAAUAAUAUUCAAGAGAAUACUGGGCGGUUAUGAGGUACACGCAAUUGAGGAGCGCCAUACCCACUUGUUACGCAAGGAAGAGUGA